AUGAACAAAGAUUUUAAUAACGAUAUCGUAAAAGAUUAAAAAGAAAAUCAAAUUCAUCUGAUUUAAUAGUUUAAGAACUUUUACUAAAAUAAUAAUAAUUAUUUUAAUAAUGAAGGUAAAAAUUAAAAAAUAGAUCUUCAAAUACUUAGGUAUUGUGAUUUCUUAAUUGAUAAUGAUUCUUAAAAGCCAGAAUGUUAAAAAAUAAAAGGUAUAAAUUAAGAAAUACUUAUUUAAGCUGAUGCUUUAUUAAAGAUAGAUAGAUUUGAAGAAGCAUUGGUGUAUUAUGAUUUAGCUAUUCAAAAAAAUCCAGAAAAUGCAGCGUAUUAUAAUGACAAAGGUAUAAAUUAAUGAUGUAUAUUUUAUUAGCGAAUGCCUUAAUAAAAAUGAAUAGAUUUGAAGAAGCAUUGAAGUAUUAUGAUUCAGCUAUUGAAAAAAACCCAGAAAAUGCAUAGUUUUAUAUUAAAAAAGGUAAAAAUUAAUGAUGUGUAUUUUCUUAGCAAAUGCCUUAUAUUCAAUUUAUAGAUUUGAAGAAGCAUUGGUGUAUUAUGAUUUAGCUAUUCAAAAAAAUCCAGAAAAUGCAGCGUAUUAUAAUGACAAAGGUAUAAAUUAAUGAUGUAUAUUUUAUUAGCGAAUGCCUUAAUAAAAAUGAAUAGAUUUGAAGAAGCAUUGAAGUAUUAUGAUUCAGCUAUUGAAAAAAACCCAGAAAAUGCACAAUUAUACUCUAAUAAAGGUACAAAUUAAUGAUGUAUUUUUGCUAGCGAAUGCCUUAUAUGAAAUGAAAAGAUUUGAAGAAGCAUCGGAGUAUUAUGAUUCAGCUAUUCAAAAAAACCCAGAAAACGCAUAGUUUUAUUCUAACAAAGGUAAGAACUAAUGAUGUAUAUUUGCUAGCGAAUGCCUUAUAAGAAAUGAAAAGAUUUGAAGAAGCUUUGAAAUAUUAUGAUUCAGCUAUUAAAAAAAACCCAGAAAAUGCAAAGUUUUAUUCUAACAAAGGUACAAACUUAUGAUGUAUUUUUGCUAGCGAAUGCCUUAUAAGAAAUGAAAAGAUUUGAAGAAGCAUUGCUGUAUUAUAAUUCAGCUAUUCUAAAAAACCCAGAAAAUGCAUAGUUUUAUUCUAACAAAGGUAAAAAUUAAUGAUAUAUAUUUUCUUAGCGUUUGCCUUAUAUUAAAUGAAUAGAUUUGAAGAAGCAUUGCUGUAUUAUGAUUAAGCUAUUCAGAAAAACCCAGAAGAUGCAGACUAUUUUCAUAAUAAAGGUAUAAAUUAUUGAUGUAUAUUUUCUUAGCGCUUGCCUUAUAAAAAAUGAAUAGAUUUGAAAAAGCGUUGCUGUAUUAUGAUUCAGCUAUUCACAAAAACCCAGAAAAUGCAUAAUUUUAUUCUAACAAAGGUAAAAAUUAAUGAUAUAUAUUUACUUAGCGUUUGCCUUAUGUUAAAUGAAUAGAUUUGAAGAAGCAUUGCUGUAUUAUGAUUAAGCUAUUCAGAAAAACCCAGAAGAUGCAGACUAUUUUCAUAAUAAAGGUAUAAAAUAAUGAUGUAUAUUUUCUUAGCCCUUGCCUUAUGUUAAAUGUAUAGAUUUUAAGAAGCAUUGGAUAAUUAUGAUUCAGCUAUUCAGAAGAACCCAGAAAAUGCCGAUUAUUUUUAUGGCAAAGGUAAAAAUUAAAGAUGGAUUAUAUGCUAGCAAAUGCCUUAUAAGAAUUGAAAAGAUUUGAAGAAGCAUUGCUGUAUUAUGAUUAAGCUAUUCUGAAAAACCCAGAAGACGGAGACUAUUUUCAUAAUAAAGGUAUAAAUUAAUGAUGUAUAUUUCCUUAGCGUUUGUCUUAGACAAAAUGAAUAGAUUUGAAGAAGCAUUGGAUUAUUAUGAUUCAGCUAUUUAGAAAAACCCAGAAAAUGCAGACUAUUAUUUUAAAAAAGGUAAAAAUAAAGGAUGUAUCUUUUGCUAGCGAAUGUGUUAUACAAAAUGAAAAGAUUUGAAGAAGCAUUGCUGUAUUAUGAUUCAGCUAUUUAGAAAAACCCAGAAAAUGCAGACUAUUUUCAUAAUAAAGGUAUAAUUUAAUGAUGUAUAUUUNAAUAGACAUAAAAGUUUCGUAUAUAUUAGAAAUUGUAAUAAGGAAAAAAUGUAAAAUAUCUUAAAUAAUCAAGUAAACAUAUGCUAUGAACAAAGAUUUUAAUAACGAUAUCGUAAAAGAUUAAAAAGAAAAUCAAAUUCAUCUGAUUUAAUAGUUUAAGAACUUUUACUAAAAUAAUAAUAAUUAUUUUAAUAAUGAAGGUAAAAAUUAAAAAAUAGAUCUUCAAAUACUUAGGUAUUGUGAUUUCUUAAUUGAUAAUGAUUCUUAAAAGCCAGAAUGUUAAAAAAUAAAAGGUAUAAAUUAAGAAAUACUUAUUUAAGCUGAUGCUUUAUUAAAGAUAGAUAGAUUUGAAGAAGCAUUGGUGUAUUAUGAUUUAGCUAUUCAAAAAAAUCCAGAAAAUGCAGCGUAUUAUAAUGACAAAGGUAUAAAUUAAUGAUGUAUAUUUUAUUAGCGAAUGCCUUAAUAAAAAUGAAUAGAUUUGAAGAAGCAUUGAAGUAUUAUGAUUCAGCUAUUGAAAAAAACCCAGAAAAUGCACAAUUAUACUCUAAUAAAGGUACAAAUUAAUGAUGUAUUUUUGCUAGCGAAUGCCUUAUAUGAAAUGAAAAGAUUUGAAGAAGCAUCGGAGUAUUAUGAUUCAGCUAUUCAAAAAAACCCAGAAAACGCAUAGUUUUAUUCUAACAAAGGUAAGAACUAAUGAUGUAUAUUUGCUAGCGAAUGCCUUAUAAGAAAUGAAAAGAUUUGAAGAAGCUUUGAAAUAUUAUGAUUCAGCUAUUAAAAAAAACCCAGAAAAUGCAAAGUUUUAUUCUAACAAAGGUACAAACUUAUGAUGUAUUUUUGCUAGCGAAUGCCUUAUAAGAAAUGAAAAGAUUUGAAGAAGCAUUGCUGUAUUAUAAUUCAGCUAUUCUAAAAAACCCAGAAAAUGCAUAGUUUUAUUCUAACAAAGGUAAAAAUUAAUGAUAUAUAUUUUCUUAGCGUUUGCCUUAUAUUAAAUGAAUAGAUUUGAAGAAGCAUUGCUGUAUUAUGAUUAAGCUAUUCAGAAAAACCCAGAAGAUGCAGACUAUUUUCAUAAUAAAGGUAUAAAUUAUUGAUGUAUAUUUUCUUAGCGCUUGCCUUAUAAAAAAUGAAUAGAUUUGAAAAAGCGUUGCUGUAUUAUGAUUCAGCUAUUCACAAAAACCCAGAAAAUGCAUAAUUUUAUUCUAACAAAGGUAAAAAUUAAUGAUAUAUAUUUACUUAGCGUUUGCCUUAUGUUAAAUGAAUAGAUUUGAAGAAGCAUUGCUGUAUUAUGAUUAAGCUAUUCAGAAAAACCCAGAAGAUGCAGACUAUUUUCAUAAUAAAGGUAUAAAAUAAUGAUGUAUAUUUUCUUAGCCCUUGCCUUAUGUUAAAUGUAUAGAUUUUAAGAAGCAUUGGAUAAUUAUGAUUCAGCUAUUCAGAAGAACCCAGAAAAUGCCGAUUAUUUUUAUGGCAAAGGUAAAAAUUAAAGAUGGAUUAUAUGCUAGCAAAUGCCUUAUAAGAAUUGAAAAGAUUUGAAGAAGCAUUGCUGUAUUAUGAUUAAGCUAUUCUGAAAAACCCAGAAGACGGAGACUAUUUUCAUAAUAAAGGUAUAAAUUAAUGAUGUAUAUUUCCUUAGCGUUUGUCUUAUGUUAAAUGUAUAGAUUUGAAGAAGCAUUGGAUUAUUAUGAUUUAGCUAUCCAGAAAAACCCAGAAGAUGCAGACUAUUUUUCUCACAAAGGUAAAAUUUAAUGAUAUAUGUGUUACUAGCGAAUGCCUUAAACAAAAUGAAUAGAUUUGAUGAAGCAUUGCUGUAUUAUGAUUCAGCUAUUCAGAAAAACCCAGAAGAUGGAGACUAUUUUCAUAAUAAAGGUAUAAAUUAAUGAUGUAUAUUUCCUUAGCGUUUGUCUUAGACAAAAUGAAUAGAUUUGAAGAAGCAUUGGAUUAUUAUGAUUCAGCUAUUUAGAAAAACCCAGAAAAUGCAGACUAUUAUUUUAAAAAAGGUAAAAAUAAAGGAUGUAUCUUUUGCUAGCGAAUGUGUUAUACAGAAUGAAUAGAUUUUAAGAAGCAUUGGAUAAUUAUGAUUCAGCUAUUCAGAAGAACCCAGAAAAUGCCGAUUAUUUGUAUGGCAAAGGUAAAAAUUAAAAAUGGAUUAUAUGCUAGCAAAUGCCUUAUAAGAAUUGAAAAGAUUUGAAGAAGCAUUGCUGUAUUAUGAUUAAGCUAUUCUGAAAAACCCAGAAGAUGGAGACUAUUUUCAUAAUAAAGGUAUAAAUUAAUGAUGUAUAUUUCCUUAGCGUUUGUCUUAAACAAAAUGAAUAGAUUUUAAGAAGCAUUGGAUUAUUAUGAUUUAGCUAUCCAGAAAAAUCCAGAAGAAGCAAGCUAUUUUUCUCACAAAGGUACAAUUUAAUGAUAUAUGUGUUACUAGCGAAUGCCUUAAACAAAAUGAAUAGGUUUGAUGAAGCAUUGCUGUAUUAUGAUUCAGCUAUUCAGAAAAACCCAGAAGAUGGAGACUAUUUUCAUAAUAAAGGUAUAAAUUAAUGAUGUAUAUUUCCUUAGCGUUUGUCUUAGACAAAAUGAAUAGAUUUGAAGAAGCAUUGGAUUAUUAUGAUUCAGCUAUUUAGAAAAACCCAGAAAAUGCAGACUAUUAUUUUAAAAAAGGUAAAAAUAAAGGAUGUAUCUUUUGCUAGCGAAUGUGUUAUACAAAAUGAAAAGAUUUGAAGAAGCAUUGCUGUAUUAUGAUUCAGCUAUUUAGAAAAACCCAGAAAAUGCAGACUAUUUUCAUAAUAAAGGUAUAAUUUAAUGAUGUAUAUUUCCUUAGCGCUUGCCUUAUGUUAAAUGUUUAGAUUUGAAGAGGCAUAGAUAAUUUAUGAUUAAGCAAUUUAGAAAAACCCAAUAAAUUCAGAAAAUUUGAAUAGGAAAGGUAUAUUUAACAAUUUAAGUCUUCUAGUUUCUUCUGAGAGAUCAUUUUGUUAAAUACAAUAACAAUUCUUAUUUUAAGAUUUCGAUUUUGAAUCUAUACAACCUAAUGAUUGA